UAGGGGUGUGUGUGGGUUUAAAGAGCACCACACAGAUCGGACUGUUCAGUCAAACCCACUUGGUGAUCAGACUGUGUGCAGCAGAAUUAACGGAGGAAUCACAGCAGAUUGCGGAAUGCCCAGCUCCAGGUCAUCAGUCAGAGACGGUUCAACCAUUGGGCGCUUUCAUGGCGCUGAAGCGAGCAACGGACGAGCAGAGAGAGACGACGAGGAGCCAGAGAAGGACACGCCCACCAAUACCAAGAAGCAGAAGGGAGGCUGGUUAUGUUGCUGUCGGCGACAGAGCAGCUCAUACGAAGACACGAAUGAACUGAACCCCGAAGUCACCAGAGAGAAAGAAAUACUGGUGCCGACCCCAAAGCCUCCUCCACCUCACACAGUUAAUGAAGAGCUCAAGGAGUUCAGUCUGAUCGUGUGCUCUGUGGAUCUGCUCAGCUCAAAGGUGGGUCAGAAUCGUACGGAGCACCACACCGACCAAUACCACGGAGAUGAGCUCAUCAUCCGACGAGGCCAGACCUUUCAGAUCGUGCUUGACCUCUCCCGCGCUUUUAACGUCAACACAGAUAAAGUGCAUCUGGAGCUGAAGACAGGAUUGCUGCCGCUGGUGUCGAAGGGCACGCACAUAAUCAUUCCUCUGGUGGAGGAGCUGGAGGAUCUGUGCUGGGAGGCCAAAGUUGUGGAGCAGAACGCCAAUCAGAUCAAGCUAUCCGUCAACUCUCCAGCCAAUGCAAUAAUCGGCAGGUUUAAGCUCACAGUCGUAACCAGGACUUCAGAGAGCGAGUCCGUCACCACACAUGACCCUGGAAAAGACAUCUUCAUGCUUUUCAACCCCUGGUGUGAAGAGGACACAGUGUAUAUGGACGACGAGGACGAGAAGACGGAAUAUGUGUUGAAUGACACCGGAAAGAUUUACUACGGCACUGAAAAGCAAAUCGGUGGUCGCACAUGGAACUUUGGACAGUUUCAGGAGGACAUUCUAGAGGCUUGUCUGUACGUACUGGAGAAGAGCGAGGUGCCUUCAUCAGGCCGAGGAGACCCAGUAAAUGUGGUGCGAGUUAUCUCAGCUAUGAUCAAUUCGCCCGAUGACUGCGGAGUCCUGAUGGGGAACUGGUCAGGAAAUUACCACGGUGGGACAUCUCCUACGGCCUGGAGCGGCAGCGUGGACAUUCUCAAGAGAUAUUAUAAGACUGAAGGUGUUCCCAUAAAAUACGGCCAGUGCUGGGUCUUCUCUGGGGUCACCACCACAGUAUUGAGGUGCCUUGGUAUCCCUACCCGCAGUGUAACAAAUUUCCAGUCUGCCCAUGACACUGAUGUCUCUUUGACCACUGAUGUGUAUUUCGAUGAGAAUAUGGACCCGAUUAACUCCAUGAACUCUGAUUCUGUGUGGAACUUUCAUGUGUGGAACGAUUGCUGGAUGGCACGUCCAGAUUUGCCACCCGGUAUGGGAGGCUGGCAGGCUGUUGAUGCCACCCCGCAGGAAACCAGUCAGGGGAUCUACCGCUGUGGCCCCGCCUCUCUCAUGGCAAUCCGCACAGGCCAGGUUUACCUGAAGCACGACACACCUUUCAUCUUUGCAGAGGUAAACAGUGAUAAGAUCUACUGGCAGCGGAACUUGGAUGGCACCUUUUCUAACGUCCACAUUGAGAAGAACGUUGUGGGACACUGUAUUAGCACUAAAGCUGUUGGCUCUGACCAGCGUGCUGACAUUACCCACAUGUACAAACACCCUGAAGGUUCUGAAGAAGAGCGCAUUGCUGUUGAGACCGCCUGUCGGUACGGUACCAAGCCGAAUGUGUACCCGCAAGCAAUGGUGGAGGAUGUGAUCGUGGAGGUGAAGGUGGAGGGUGAGGGGCCGAGCAUGGGCGCAGAUGCCCAUCUUAAGAUUGUUGUGAAGAACCAAAGUUCACAGCCACGGAAGACCACGCUGCACAGUCAGGUGGCGGUUAUGUACUACACUGGUGUUUUCAAAACUGCAGUAAAGAGCGAGAAGCUUUCUGUGCAACUGAUGCCUGAUGAAAAGAAAGUCAUCGACUGGGUGCUGCCAUACCGGGACUAUCAGAAUCAGCUGGUGGACCAGGCAUCUCUGAUGCUCACUCUGUCUGGACGGGUCACUGAGACCAAUCAAGUUCUGGCCUCUCAGACCACCUUUAGAUUACGCUGUCCAGAUAUUCACAUUGAGCCUCUUGGAGAGACCUAUGUUGGGAAAGAAGCUUCGGCCAAGCUUACUUUUACCAACCCUCUACCAUGCAUGCUGCAAAACGUGGUGCUCCGAGUGGAGGGUCUCGGACUAAGGAACCUCCAUCCUAUCACAGUGGGUGACGUGGGAAAGCAUGCUACAGUGACGGUGACUGAGCACUUCAUCCCAACUAUAGCUGGGACGAAGAAACUGGUGGCCUCCCUGGACUGUAAACAGCUCACAUACGUGCAUGGUGUUGCCGACAUCAUCGUACACGAGAGCCAGUGAACGCGCCAUGUCCAGUGUUUCCAGUGUAUCCCUUAUAUUGUAGUCUGCUGUCCUGUCUUGCUAUUACACACAAACAUACCACUGAAGUGCAAAGUGUUUAUACACUAAUGGACACUUUUGUGACUGAAUCACCAAACAAACACACAAAUUAAAGUUAUUUUAUAAGCUUA